CUUGACAGCAGUGACAGCAGCUUUGGGAUUCAGUGUGGCAGUAGGGGAAAUCAGGGAAAUCUGGGAUAUCUGGGAAAGGGGAGUCGGUAAAAACCGGGACUAAACCGGCAGAAAUCCCGACGAAGCGUUGACCGUCACACCGGGAGGUUUGUCCGCUGUCUCCCGCUGCUGGCUGCGGCUUUUCUCCCAGAAAUCUCCCUGCAUCUGCACGGUGCUGGGUUUUCUUAUCAACUUUAAGGACCUGAGAUACGGCCUUCUGCUGUUCAAUCGCCAUCUGGAUCAUUUUCUGUCAAGACCCCCAUCUGGUUGGCAUUGCAGUAAUGAAGCGGUGAGGAGGGUGAGUGAAAUAAUCCACUCUGUGCUGUGUUGUGGCUGAACAGCAGCAGACCGAAGAUGGAUCAAUUGUCAGAUGAGGAGGUGGAGGUCAGGGAGGAGGAGGAGGAGGAAGAGGAGGACAGCGAUAAGGAGGACCAGGACCUGGAUAAGAUGUUUGGAGCCUGGCUGGGAGAGCUGGACAAACUCACACAGAGCCUGGAUGACGGUCGCCCGGAGCGCCCUCCUCAGCAGAAAGCUCCCCUCAGACAGGAGACCAACAUGGCCAACUUCUCCUACAGAUUCUCCAUUUACAACAUCAACGAGGCGUUGAAUCAGGGGGAGAACGUGGAUCUUGACGCUCUCAUGGCUGAUCUCUGCUCCAUUGAACAGGAACUCAGCACCGUCAACGCCAAACCUAACAGCGCUGGCGGCAUGGCCCGUCUGGGGCUGACUGAUACCAAGGUCCGUCAGAAGCCUCCAGCAGGGCGCAGUAGCAGGCAGCCAGCAGGGGGCAGCAGCGGUGGUGGUGGUGGCAGUAACAGUGUUAGUGGUGGGGGUGGUAGCAGCGGGGCGAGCAGUAGCAGCAGCAGCACCAGAGCCUCACCUGCCGGCACCAUCAGAGCUGCCGCCGGGCAUCAUGGGAGACCGGCGCUGGCUUCUAACUUCAGCCUGGACGAUAUCACUGCACAGCUGGAGAAGGCAUCUCUUAGUAUGGAUGAAGCUGCUCGUCAGACCUCCUCCCACUCUCUCAGCUCUGCCUCCACCUAUACGUCAGCCACAAUGCGACACCCCGGCUCCAGCCAGCGCCAACAUCGACGCACAGGAUCAGUCGGCACAGUCAGCGAACAUGAAGUGCGUUCAAUGGUCCACUCCUCGCGCUCCUCCGUCACCUCGGCAUCUGGGGUUUCUGUUAACUCUGCCUCCUCCAUGGAUUCAUUGGACAGCGUUCUCCGCUCCAAUGAAUCAGACAGCCAACAGAGUUCAGUUACACUCCCAGCUGGAGUAGCCGGUCACGGUCGAGAUAACACAGAGCACUCCUAUCUGGACAGGGAAACCUCUCUGAUUCUGAGAAACAUAGCAGGAAAACCUUCCCACCUGCUGACCAAGGAGGAGCAGGCUGCCAAGCUGAAGGCAGAGAAUAUCAGAGUUGCCCUGGAGAAGAUCAAGGAGGCCCAAGUGAAGAAGUUGGUGAUUCGUGUUCAUCUGUCAGACGAGAGCUCAAAGACCAUGAUGGUGGAUGAGAGACAGACGGUCAGACAGGUUCUGGACAGUUUGCUGGACAAAUCUCACUGUGGUUUCAGUCCAGACUGGUCGCUGGUGGAAACCAUCAAUGAACUGCAGAUGGAACGGAUCUUUGAGGAUCAUGAGAACCUGGUGGAGAAUCUGCUGAACUGGACCAGAGACAGCCAGAACCGUCUGAUGUUCACAGAACGUAUUGAGAAGUAUGCUCUGUUCAAAAACCCCCAGAACUAUUUGUUGGGGCGUAAGGAGACAUGCGAGAUGGCUGAGAGGAACAAAGAGGCUCUCUUAGAGGAGUGUUUCGGGGGCAGCUCCGUGUCCGUCCCCGAGAUGGAGGGAGUGCUGUGGCUGAAAGAGGAUGGGAAGAAGUCAUGGAAGAAACGCUAUUUCCUACUGAGGGCCUCUGGCAUCUACUAUGUCCCCAAGGGCAAAGCAAAGGCAUCCAGAGACCUGGUGUGUUUUCUCCAGUUGGAUCAUGUUAACGUCUACCACGGCCAGGACUACAAGAGCAAGUACAAGGCUCCUACUGACUACUGCAUGGUGCUGAAGCACCCUCAGAUCCAGAAGAAGUCUCAGUACAUCAAGUACCUCUGCUGUGAUGAUGUCAGAACCCUCCAACAAUGGAUCAACAGUAUUCGUAUCGCCAAGUAUGGGAAGCAGCUGUACAUCAACUUCCAGGAGGCAAUGAGGAGGACGGAGGCAGCCUAUGAUUGGUCCUCCCUCUCUUCCUCUUCAAUCAAGUCAGGAUCCAGCUCUUCCAGCCUUCCAGAAUCCCAGUCUAACCACUCCAGCCAGUCUGACAGUGGUGUAUCAGAGAUGGCAUCAUCAGGCCACACCCGGUCCCAGAGUGUCGUCAGCUCCAUCUUCUCUGAUGCCUGGAGGAGAGGAACGCAAGGAGAGAUGAUGAGGAUCGACCCUAUCAGUAGACCUAUCCCUGUCCAGAUCCCUACCCUCUCCUCCCAGCCCCUGACCCCACCCUCCCGGACAAGCUACACCGACGGCCUCAUCCCAACCGAGGAUUCUUCCCCAUCACCGCCCUCGCCUCCUCCACCUCCACCGCCCGUCUCAAGUUUGGCCCAUCAGCCAGCACCUGCCUCUUCCUAUGUCAAGUACAGCACGCUGGCUCGCCUGCAGAGCCAGGGCCAGUCCUGGACACAGCCGACAGGAGCCACCCCACCUGCCAUACCCAUCCAGUCACCCAAACCCAACUACAAUACCCUCCCAGCUGCUUACAGCACCUCCCCUACACUACCACCUUCUCCUCCCCCUCCACCUCCACCCUCAGCGCCGGCUCCUGGCUCAGCCAUGGCUGCGCUGAAAUUUGGUCCAUCCAGCCCAUCUGCUCUCCCACCACCACCCCCAUUGGAAGACGAGAUGCAGGAACCCUCAUACCUUCCACCUCCACCACCAGAGUGCCUGGAGGCCAAUGGGUUGCCUCUUCCUCCCCCUCCAGAGCUGGCCCCUAACUCCUGCACUCAACUUUCCAACACUGGCCUCCAGCAGUUCCUGGCACAGAAAUUUCCCAACAUGGUGUAUGACUUCAGCCCAAGUACGCACGACGAUAAUUCUCCCCCUCCCCCUCCACCUCCGGCUGAGCUUUCUCCUCCUGCAUCACUGCAAGUCCUACGGCCUCUGUCCCCUAAUGCACCUCCUCCUGCACCCCCCAAAACCUUCAUGGGUGGUUUCCCCCCCCAAACUCCUCCCAAACCUUCAGGUCCCUCUUCCCUCCCAAUUGCCCUCUCGCCAGUAUCCCCCACACCACCCCAUAGCACCCAUGGGCCAGUAAAAAAGCAGCAAAGUUUCUCUACAGGACACUCCCCCAAUCAGCCACCUCCCACUCUUCCAAAGCAGCACAGCCUGUCCUCCAAAAACCUUGCCCUCUCUCCUCCCUCCUCCUGUACUUCCGUCUCCAUUGCGGCCGCUACCUCCUCUUUGGUCAAACAGAUUGUCAAUCAGUUCCCGGGAAACUCUGCUCCUUCCUCUCUGCCUUCCUCCAACUCCAUGGAAGGAUCUAAGUUCUCUGCUCCUCAGUCUCCUCCAGCGGUCAAGGCCAAACCAAAGUGGCAGCCAGGAGGUGUUGUGGCUCCGCAGUCCCCAGAGUUUCCCCCACCCCCUCCUGACAGCUCACUAGGAGAUUUCCCCCCUCCUCCUUCCUCGUCCUCUUCCAAAACAGGCUCCCCCAUAAAGAAGUCGCCUUCCACCUCAUCCACAGGCUCCACUAAGCGGGGGCCUCCUCCGACCCCACAGAGAGCCUCCUCCAUCCGGUCCAGCUCAUCAGGCGAGGCCCAGGAUGAGAGGCCAAAGAAAGUGGAGAGCCUGGUCAACAAAUUUGGCCAAGCUCCUCAAACUGGUACCUCGUCCAGCUCCUCGUCAGCGACUGGGUCUCCUUCAAAAGAUUCCUCUGCCUUCCCUGCUCCACUCCCCAAGCCAGGGAAGCUGAACUUGGCGAACCUCCCGUUGGCGCUCCAGGGGCUUCAAACAGGCCAGCACCAUCAGCCCUCUGACUUCCCAUCCCCUCCUCCCCCACCUCCCCCCGCCCAGCCUACUCACCUUGACUCAUCACCUGACUACUUCCCGCCUCCCCCAAGUGACUCUGAGCUUUUCCCUCCUCCUCCCCACCCGUCAGAGUUCCAUCACCCCCCAAAGGUCGCUGUGGUGAACCCCCAGCCUCAGAUGCAGCCACCUCAACAGCCAGCGACCUCUUCCUUGUCGUCAUCGUCAUGGAAACAAAGCUCGCUGAAAAAGGGGGCAGUCCCUCCUCCUCCAACACUGAGCCGGCGGACCAGCAACACAACCCAGUAUGACAAUACAACUUCAAUGCCCCUCUCACCACCUCCUAUGUCUCAGACCCCACCCCCCUCCCUUUCCUCCUAUUCCUCCUCCUCUCCCAUCCCCCCCACAUCCCCAAAAUCACCGGGACCGAGCACCCUGGCACUAAAGCCUCAUUUCCUGGAAGACCUUAACCGCACUCUUAAGAGGAAGUCAGUGUCUCGCCAUGGCUCACUCACCUCUUCAAACCUCAUCCCCUCCUCUAAGAUGGAGCCCGUGGCCACCAUGGACGACAUGGCACUCCUCCCGCCUCCUCCACCCGAGCUCAUGCAGCAGCAACAACAGGGUGUCCGAGGACACUCCCACACUUUGUCUCGCCACCACACGCACUCCCACUCCACCAAACAUGCCAACAUCUCAGGCUAUGCAACGCUGCGGCGAGGCCCACCUCCCGCUCCUCCAAAACGGGACCAAAGCACCAAACUGACCAGUGACUGGUAGGGGGCAAAGACCCUGGAUGGAGCCUAAAGAACUAUUCUGACUAAUUAGGUCUCAUUGUUCCUGCAGAGAAGAAAUAAUCAGUGUCUGUCUUGACUUGUCCGUCUCUCUCCUCAUCCUGAACCAUACACCCUUGGAUUCCGAGCAAGUAGCAAGACGUCUUUCCUACUCUUAAUCUCAGAUUAUGAUUGUUCCUAUUAUCCUCAUUAUUACUAUCAUUACCAGUACAUGUUUAAUCUAAUGACAUGAGUAAAAAUAUAUAUAUGUAUAUAUAUAUAUCUGUAUACAAGCAAGCCAGAAAAAUCACCUAUCAAGCUUUUUUCACAAUGUCUGCAGCUUUGCAUCGAAAACUAUAAAGGCAAGACUUGAACGACAACAGCAACAGAGACAUUUUGCUGCAAAAUAACUGGUACUGCAUGGAGCCGUGGCAAUGGAAGUAGCGUUGGGGGAGGGGGGGGCACUCUUAGAGGGAGCAUUGCCAUUUCUUUCAAACUUUUUUGUGUGUGUCUUUAUAUAAGAUUAUUUAAUACUGGAAAGAUAUUGUUAUUAUUAUAAUUAUUUUAAGUUUUAAAAAAAGUGUCAAAGGUGUAUGAGUUUUGACCAGACAUGGGUCUCUAUUCUCAAGAUAUGUCUAAGUGUUAAACAGCUUGUUCAACUGAGGGUAUGUUUGGAUCAUUUCAUCAAGUCAUAUUUCUGAUCAGCUUCAUGGCUGAUGACUCCCAAAACUUUAUGAUUAAAUGCACACUGACAGAACAAAUACUUCCUGGAAGUAGUCAGCUAAAGAAUCAACCAGACUGUGGUCAGAUUACAGGUGUUUCAACAUCCUAACCAGUUCUGAAAUCAAAUUGCAUCACACAAUAUUUUUACAAUUAUUACACCAGAGGGAGCUAUGCAACAGUUCUCCCCACGUCUUCCCUUCCCUCUGUACAGUUAUGAGAUGUCUGGGAGGUUGUUGCUGGCAGAUAAGCAUCUCUUUCCCUCAUCUCAGCUGUCCAAAGAACCUAUCUAGAUUUUAGUUUGUAAAUAUCAGGUUUGACUCAUCUGGACAGUCCCACACUGACUGACAAAAGCUGAAGAAUUUUCCAAUUUCCAAAAUGUCUGUAAUUUGUGCUCAGCCUUAGCAUGUGAGUCACUCAGCAGCAUCAAACAAAUGUCCAAACAUUUGGUGACCUUAUUUAAACAGACUCUAUCGAGACAUCAGCUAAUUUGUCAUUAAGUCAGAUAAUUGUUUGAUAACUAGCAGACUACGCAGCUAGUCAGCUACAGCUACUUAAUAAAUCAGUCACUUGUUGACUUGUCUUAACAACUGGUCAAUCACUUUGCUAGUUAGUUAUUAAGGGUGUGUGUCCACUGAGCAUCUUAAAUGAUCAGAAAAGCCAAAGGGACGCCCUGGGAACCAGGGAACAAGUGCCUGAAAAAAUGAAAUGCUCAAACUUCUCACAGGUGCGUGGUAAAAGCUGUACCCUGCAGAAACCCUGGACUGUAACUUCAGUGAUGUCACCCAUUAGGUUUCAGACAAUUUCCAUAAAAAGAGACCCUGACAAAGAGAGCUUCUUUGAAAGAUUUAGCCAAGUUUUAUUUGAGUUUUAGCUGAUAUUUAAAGCUGAAAUGAUUAGUUGAUUAAUUAAUUUAAAACUUGUUUUUUUCUUUUUAGUAAAAAGGCUGCACAUUCACUGGUUGCAGCGUCUCAAAUAUUAAAUCUUACUGGUUUUCUUUUUGGACUGUUAAUGGGACAAAAUGAACAAUUUUAAAUAUCUUAUCUUGGGCUCUGAGAAACUUUGAUGGGACAUUAACCUGCAAUGCAAAAUGUUGAAUGGGAGCAGAACCAGCUGCCAGGAGCACUAAAAGCAGUGUUGCUCAGAGAAAGAUGCUAAUGGAUACAACCUGAGUCACUUUGUGAAAUUAGCUAUCUAGUUAGCUAGUAAGUCAGUGCAAAAUUUCAGACUGGUACAAUUCUGUUUUUGAACAACAUGUUUCAAAAAAUGUUAUCUAUUAGUUAGCCACAGUAGUUAGCCAUUCAGUGAGGCAGCUACAUUAGACUAGAUAGUCAGUUUAAUGAACCCUGUCAGUAAAGUAGUUAGUCUGCUGCAUUCUUCUGCACUCAGUGGUUACAGAAAUUGUGUCUUUCAUUUUGGAGAAAAGAAUCCAGAUCAGCUGGUAGAGAUUUUGUUGAUACCUUUCCUGGUCAUAGUUUUUUAUAUUUGUUUUAUAUGCAGCUGAACCUGAGUCUGUUUCUACCUGAAAUCCUUUCAGAAAUUUUUGUUCUCCUGUUUUCAUCUCCUGACUAUCACAAAAUUCAAAUUAUCUGCAUGAUAUGUCGCCACCAGUGCUACAGAACCAAUGCCAAAAAUUAAUAUAUUAUUGUCCCAGUUUUCCUCUUUUCAGUGAUAAAUGUGCAUUCAUUUUGUUUUUAAAUGACUUUACAACUGACUUUUAACAUCAAAUUUGUCUGUUUUGUGAUAUUAUUGGAGGGGAGAAAUAACCUGAGAGAACUUCCUAUGCCCACUGCCCUGCAGGAAAGUAAUCACUAGACUAACAUUAUGUUUUAUGUCUGUGACGCUCUAGAACAACAUACAGUUUGAAAGGGAUCAAUGUCUUGCUCAAGGAUAUCCAGCAGAGCACAUGGCUGUUAUGGGUAUCAAACCUGCUGUUGCAUUUAAAAUAAAUGAGAAAAAUGAUUCAAACUGAA